UGGAGGAUGGAGCCACAGCCACAUCUCUCCUUGUCUUCUGCGCUGCCUGCCACAGGCUGAAAGGCGCUCUCACUCUCAGUGUUUUCUCAUCCAUCCAUUCCCCUGUGCCCGAGUUGGCCUUGAUCUGUGACGGAUUGAGCAAAAAAAAGGACUGAGGACUAGAAGCAGGAGGGGAGACAAAAAAGACCUGCAGUCUCCUGGAAAAGCAGGGAGAGCAGUGCAGGGCAUUGCGCUCAUCAUUUUUUUCCCCCCCGGUGUUUUGGUGUUGUGCCGUUCAUCUCUGCAGAGCAACAGCUACACGUGCGCAAGUGUGUUGAUCCACAUAGCGCAAGUGUGUGUGCGAGCACGCGCAUGUGUGUGUGUGUGUGUGUGCGUGCGUGUGCUCGUAGCUCUUCGUUCUGCUCUGUGUCUCUUUCUCUCUCUCUCUCUCUGCUCCUGCGCGGUGCUCCAGCACUCAGCUAGCGGAUUGUGCUUCACAGAGCUCACUGAAAUAGGCAGAGAGAGGAGAAGGGAGGGAAAUCAAGAGUGAAGAAGAAAAACAGCGAGGCAGAGGCGACAGACAGCGAGGACUUUGAUAAGAGGGAGAAAACAGAGUGCAAAAGAUUGAGAAUCAAGAAAAGAGGACUCUUAAGGGAACAGAGAGGAGUGGAGCGUGGAGGAGAGGAGAUAAGGGUAGAGGGUUAAUGAGAAAGAGCGACAAGUACGGAGCGAUGCAUCACGCAGGCAACACAGGAAGGACCAAGACCCUCUCUCACGAGACAGGUCGUCCACUCCCUCCAACCUCUUCCUCCACCCUGCUCCCUCCGUCCCUCCCGUCCUCCUCGUCCGCCCCCCACCACCCCUCCCCCGGCCCGUCUCCACCGAUCAGGGAAUGCCAGGUGCCCCUGCUGGAGAAAAACUCCACCCACUCUCACCUGGAGCCCCACCCGGAGGAUUCAUACUUGCUCCGGGCCCAGCCCUCGUCCACUGGGGCUGCCAACCACCAGAGUCAGACCACGCUACGACCUCCACUGCCCCCUCCACACAACCACCACACUUUGUCCCACCAGUCUGCCAACAGCCUGAACAGAAACACCCUGAGAGGCGGACGAAACCCCAUUCACGCACCCGCUCCGGGGACGGGAGAUGGUCCGACCACCCCUGAGUCUGUCCAGUUACAAGACAGCUGGGUGCUUAACAGUAACGUGCCGCUGGAGACCAGGCAUUUUUUGUUCAAGACGUCGUCAGGGACCACCCCUCUCUUCAGUAGCUCCUCCCCCGGAUACCCCCUGACCUCGGGAACAGUGUAUUCUCCACCGCCUCGCCUGCUACCCAGAAACACUUUCUCUCGCUCAGCCUUCAAACUAAAGAAGCCGUCCAAGUACUGCAGCUGGAAAUGUGCUGCGGUGACAGCCAUCGCAGCCGCUGCCUUGCUGGCCAUCCUGCUGUCUUACUUCAUUGCAAUCAACUUGCUGGGUUUGACGUGGCAGCUGAAGCCAUCCGACGGCCCCGUGUUGAACAACGGACUGGGAGCUGGUCUGCCUGUCAACAGCGAUGUGGCCACACUGCCCUCUGGAGGGAGAGUUUCUUUCCCCUUUGCUCCAGGUCCAUGGGCAGGCCGGAACAGCAGUAUAGACUCAGGCAGCAUUGAGGUUGGGAGGCGGGUGACCCAAGAAGUCCCUCCAGGAGUGUUUUGGAGGUCCCUGCUCCACCUCAGCCAACCACAGUUCCUGAAGUUCAACAUCUCCCUCGGCAAAGAUGCGCUUUUCGGGGUGUACAUCCGCAAGGGCUUGCCUCCUUCGCAUGCGCAGUACGACUAUAUGGAGCGCCUCGAUGGGAAGGAGAAGUGGAGCGUGGUGGAGUCUCCACGGGAGAGGAGGAGUAUCCAAACCGUGGUCCUCAAUGAGGCGGUGUUUGUCCAGUACCUGGACGCCGGUGCCUGGCACCUGGCCUUCUACAACGACGGUCGGGAGCGAGAGACGGUUUCCUUCAGCACGAAUGUCAUGGAUUCAGUGCAAGAGUGCCCGCGCAAUUGCCAUGGCAACGGAGAGUGUAAUUCUGGUGUGUGCCACUGCUUCCCAGGAUUCCAUGGCAUGGACUGCUCCAAAGCGGCAUGCCCGGUGCUGUGCAGCGGCAACGGCCAGUACGACAAGGGCUCCUGUGUGUGUUACAGCGGCUGGAAAGGACCCGAAUGCGACGUCCCUGUCACACAGUGCAUAGACCCUCUUUGCAGCGGCCACGGCACCUGCACUGAUGGAAACUGCGUGUGCUCCGUCGGUUACAAAGGGCCAAACUGUGCAGAGGUGGACUGCAUGGAUCCAACAUGUUCCAACAAUGGCAUCUGUGUGAACGGGGAGUGCCACUGUAAGCCAGGCUGGGGAGGACUCCACUGCGAACUGCCCAGGGCCCAGUGCCCAGAUCAGUGCCAUGGACACGGUGCCUUCAUACCAGACACUGGGCUGUGCAGCUGUGACCCCAACUGGAUGGGACCCGACUGCUCCAUGGAGGUGUGCUCAGUGGACUGUGGAACCCACGGAGUGUGCAUGGGCGGAGCUUGUCGCUGUGAGGAAGGCUGGACCGGUGCAGGCUGUGACCAGCGUGUGUGCAACCCUCUCUGCAUCAAACAUGGAACCUGCAAGGACGGGAAGUGCCAGUGUCACCAGGGCUGGAACGGAGAGCACUGCACCAUCGACCAUGGGAGCAUGGUUGACAAAGCAGAUGGCUGUCCUAACUUGUGUAACGGUAACGGCCAGUGCACCAUGGGCCAGCAGAGCUGGCAUUGUGAAUGUCAGACGGGGUGGAGGGGUCCUGGUUGCAGUGUUGCCAUGGAGACCUCCUGUGCCGACAACAAGGACAACGAAGGAGAUGGACUGACAGACUGCAUGGACCCAGACUGCUGCAUCCAGAGUCCCUGCCAGAACAGCCCCCUGUGCCGGGGCUCCCGGGACCCUCUGCUAGUCAUCCAGCAGAGCCCGAUGUCCCAGCCACGAGUCCGCUCCUUCUACGACCGCGUCAAGAUGCUUGUGGGACGGGACAGCACCCACAUCAUCCCUUUGGAAAACCCGUUCAACUCCAGCUUGGCAUCUCUAAUUCGGGGUCAGGUGUUGACUACAGAUGGAACCCCUCUGGUGGGGGUGAACGUGUCUUUUGUCAACUAUCCCCACUACGGAUACACGCUGACACGGCAGGAUGGAAUGUUUGACCUGAUAGCUAAUGGUGGUGCAUCACUGACCCUUCGGUUCGAGCGCGCCCCCUUCCUGAGCCAGGAGCGCACCGUGUGGCUGCCCUGGAGCCAGUUUUAUGCUAUGGACACUCUGGUGCUUAAGACAGAAGAGAACACGAUCCCAGGCUGUGACCUGAGCGGUUUCGUCAGGCCUGACCCACUUGUGAUUGCAUCCCCUCUCUCCUCCUUCUUCAGCUCCAAGCCAGGGGAGAAACCCAUCAUACCGGAGACACAGGUGCUGCAUGAGCAGAUCGAGGUGCCUGGCACAAGUUUAAAGCUGUGCUACCUAAGCUCCAGGACCCAAGGUUAUCGCUCCCUCCUCAAGGUCACCAUGACUCCAGCUGUGGUGUCCAUGGGCCUUCUGAAGGUUCACCUGAUGGUCGCGGUGGAGGGCCACCUCUUCCAGAAGUGGUUCCACGCCUCGCCCAACUUGGCAUAUACCUACAUCUGGGAUAAGACAGAUGCAUAUGGGCAAAGGGUCUACGGGCUUUCCGAAGCUGUCGUGUCAGUGGGCUAUGAGUAUGAGUCAUGUGCCAGUCUCAUCCUCUGGGAGAAGAGGACGGCCCUCCUGCAGGGCUACGAAUUGGAUCCCACAAAUCUGGGCGGCUGGUCGCUCAACAAGCACCACAUACUCAACACACGCAGUGGCAUCCUUCACAAAGGCAGCGGGGAAAACAUCUUUGUGACAGAGCAGCCUCCGGUAAUCACGAGCAUCAUGGGAAACGGCCGCAGGCGCAGCAUCUCGUGCCCCAGCUGUAACGGCCUCGCGGACGGCAACAAGCUGCUGGCUCCGGUUGCUUUGGCAAUGGGCAUCGAUGGCAGCCUGUAUGUCGGGGACCUCAAUUUUGUGCGCCGGGUCUACCCAUCUAUGAACACAACUGGCAUCCUGGAACUGAGGAACAAAGAUUUCAGACACAGUAAUAACCCAACCCAUAAAUACUUUAUGGCUGUGGAUCCGGUAUCUGGAGCGCUGUUUAUCUCAGACACAAACUCGCGACGGAUUUACCGCGUGCGGUCAUUAACCGGUGGUCGUCUGCUGUCGGAUAAUGCUGAGGUCGUGGCGGGGACCGGGGAGCAGUGCCUGCCCUUCGAUGAGCGCUGUGGCGACGGUGGAAAAGCCACUGAAGCUACACUUAUGAGCCCCAAAGGUAUCGCAGUGGAUAAAAACGGGCUGAUGUAUUUCGUGGACGCCACCAUGAUCCGCAAGGUGGACCAGAAUGGCAUCAUCUCUACUCUGCUGGGGGCUAACGACCUGACCGCCGUGCGGCCUCUGAGCUGUGACACCAGCAUGGACGUCAGCCAGGUGCGUCUUGAGUGGCCCACAGACUUAGCAGUGAACCCCAUGGACAACUCUCUGUACGUCCUGGAAAACAACGUCAUUUUACGCAUCACUGAGAACCACCAGGUGAGCAUUAUAGCAGGUCGGCCUAUGCACUGCCAAGUGCCGGGCAUUGACUACAGCCUCAGUAAGCUGGCUAUACACGCCGCCCUGGAGAGCGCCACAGCCAUCGCCUUGUCCCACACCGGCAUCCUGUACAUCGCCGAAACAGAUGAGAAAAAGAUUAACCGAGUGAGACAGGUGAGCACUAAUGGAGAAAUCUCUCUCCUGGCCGGUGCUGCCUCUGACUGCGACUGCAAGAACGACGUCAACUGCAACUGCUUCUAUGGUGACGAGGGCUACGCCCCCGAUGCUGGCUUGAACUCCCCGACUUCCCUGGCCGUGUCCCCCGAUGGAACUCUUUUUAUUGCAGACCUCAACAACAUACGCAUCCGAGCCGUGCGAGCGAACCGGCCUGGCCCUGCCCUCUCGAGCGUCGGGUACGUGGGAUCGGCGCAGUACGAAGUCGCGUCUCCGAGGGAGCAGGAGCUGUACGUCUUCAACGGGGAGGGGCUUCACAUCCAGACAGUCAGCCUCGUGACUGGGGAGCCGCUUUUCAACUUCACCUACAGCCCCGACGGCGAGCUGGCCAUGCUGGUGGAUAACUGCAACAAUACUGUGAAAGUGAGGCGGGAUGGGCUGGGCCAAGGAGGAGGAGCCGGCCUGCUCAGACUGGUGCUGCUGCCUGAGAAUCAAGUGGUGACCCUUGCACUGGACCCCAGUGGGGGGCUGCGUAGUGUGUCAGCCUUGGGCCAAGAAGUGGCUCUGAUGAGCUACAGUGGCAACACGGGCCUCCUGGCAACCAAAGCUGACGAGACUGGAUGGACCACAUUUUACCAGUAUGACAGCGAGGGUCGACUGACCAACGUGACAUACCCAACGGGCAUGGUGACAAGUCUGCACCGAGAGAUCGAGCGCUCCAUCAACAUCGACAUUGAGAGCUCGAGCAGAGACGACGAUGUCACCGUCAUCACCAACCUGUCCUCGGUUGAAGCCUCAUACACCGUGGUACAAGACCAGGUGAGGAACAGCUAUCAGCUGUGUAACAACGGGACCCUAAGAGUGAUGUACGCCAAUGGGAUGGGCAUCAGUUUCCACACAGAGCCGCACAUCCUGGCGGGUUCUGUCAGUCCAACCAUCGGCCGAAGGAACAUCACUCUGCCUACAGACAAUGGUCUCAACUCCAUUGAGUGGCGACUGCGCAAGGAGCAGACCAAGGGCAAGAUCACUGUGUUUGGGAGGAAGCUGAGGGCUCAUGGCCGCAAUCUCCUCUCCAUCGAUUUCGAUCGCAACACCCGUACGGAAAAGAUUUACGACGAUCACCGCAAGUUCACGCUGCGCAUCAUGUACGACGCUCAGGGCCGGCCAGCUAUGUGGUUGCCCAGCAGCAGCCUGGCCGUAGUCAACGUGUCGUACUCCGCCACUGGACAGCUUGUAGGGCUGCAGAGGGGAAGCAUGAGUGAGAGGACGGAAUUUGACCCCCAGGGACGCAUCCUGUCUCGCUCUUUUGUAGACGGGAAGGUGUGGAGCUACAGCUAUCUUGACAAAUCCAUGGUGCUGCUCCUGCAAAGCCAGAGGCAGUACGUCUUUGAGUUUGACGCCUCGGGUCGAGUCACAGCUGUCACGAUGCCCAGUGUCGCUCGCCACACUAUGUUCACGCACGUGUCCGUUGGCUAUAUUCGCAACACCUACAACCCUCCGGAGAGCAACGCCUCCAUCAUCCACGAUUUCAGUGAGGACGGCAGACCUCAGGCCGUACAUUACCUGGGCACCGGGCGGCGUGUCCUCUACAAGUACGGCAAGCUAACAAAGCUGUCGGAGAUCAUUUAUGACAGCACCGCCGUCACUUUUGGGUACGACGAGACAGCCGGCGUGCUAAAGAUGGUCAACCUGCAGAGCGGGGGUUUCUCCUGCACCAUCCGCUAUCGCAAAAUGGGCCCGCUUAUCGACAAGCAGAUCUAUCGCUUCAGUGAGGAGGGGAUGGUCAACGCGCGGUUCGACUACACCUACCAUGACAAUAGCUUCCGGAUUGCCAGCAUGAAGCCGGUUAUCAGUGAGACGCCACUGCCUGUUGACCUCUACCGAUAUGAUGAGAUCUCUGGAAAGAUAGAACACUUUGGAAAGUUUGGGGUCAUUUACUACGACAUCAAUCAAAUCAUCACCACUGCCGUUAUGACACUGAGUAAGCAUUUUGACACCCACGGUCGCAUCAAGGAGGUCCAGUACGAGAUCUUCCGUUCUCUCAUGUACUGGAUGACGGUCCAGUAUGACAGCAUGGGACGUGUGGUGAAGAGAGAGCUUAAGAUCGGGCCCUACGCCAACACCACACAGUACCGCUACGAUUACGAUGGAGACGGACAGCUCAGUGGCGUCAAGGUGAAUGAUUGGUCUACCUGGCGCUACAGCUACGACCUUAACGGUAACCUCCACCUGCUGAAUCCUGGGAACAGUGCCCGGAUCUUGCCUCUCCGUUACGACCUCAGAGAUCGCAUUACGCGCCUGGGAGAUGUCCAGUAUCGCCUGGACGAAGACGGCUUCCUGAGUCAGCGUGGGACGGACGUUUUUGACUAUAACUCCAAAGGUCAGCUCCUGCGGGCGUACAACAGAGGUCCAGGAGGCUGGAGCGUUGUAUAUCACUAUGAUGGGCUCGGUCGCAGGGUGUCCACGAGGAACAGCCUGGGGCAGCACCUUCAGUUCUUCUAUGCUGACCUCAACCAUCCAACCAGGGUGACGCACAUCUUCAAUCACUCCAGCUCUGACAUCUCGUCACUCUACUAUGACCUCCAGGGUCAUCUCUUUGCCAUGGAGGUGAGCAGUGGAGAGGAAUAUUACAUAGCUUCUGACAACACCGGCACACCGCUAGCAGUCUUCAGCAGCAAUGGACAAAUGAUCAAACAGGUCCAGUACACCGCCUACGGCGAGGUGUAUCUGGACUCUAACCCAGAGUUCCAACUGGUGGUGGGUUUCCACGGCGGCCUGUACGACCCCUUGACAAAGCUGGUCCACUUCACCCAGCGGGACUACGACGUCUUGGCUGGGCGGUGGACCUCACCCGACUACAGCAUGUGGCCCAAGAUAGGAAAAGAUCCCGCUCCCUUUAAUCUGUAUAUGUUCAAGAACAACAACCCACUCAGUGACAUGCUGGAUGUUAAAAACUACGUCACAGAUGUGAAGAGUUGGCUGGUAAUGUUUGGCUUCCAGCUCAGUAACAUAAUCCCAGGGUUCCCUCGACACUCGCUCUACUUUGUGGAGCCACCGUAUGAGCUGCAGGCCACCCAGCACUGUGAGAACGGACAGCUCAUAACCGGCGUGCAGCAAGCAGCUGAGCGCCACAACCAGGCCUUCAUGGCCCUGGAGGGUCGUCUGCUCAACAAGGAGCGUCGCAGGCGCAAGGACAAGCCCGGCCACUGGUUCGGCACCAGCACCCCCAUAAUAGGCAGAGGAGUAAUGGUGGCGCUGCAGGAGGGGAGAGUGGUGGCCGGCGUGUCGGCGCUGGCCAGCGAAGACAGCCGCAAAGUGGCUCUGGUGCUCAAUGGUGCGCAGUACCUCGAAGGCACGCAUUACACACAGGAUGGAAAGGACUGCCACUACUUUGUGAAGGUAGGCUCUGCUGACAGCGACCUGCUGGCCCUGGGGCUCACAAAUGGGCGAAAGUCACUGGAGAGCGGAAUCAAUGUGACAGUGAGCGGGCGGUCGAGGAGAGGAGUGACCGUGGAGUUUGCAGUUCCGUCAUUAUUACUGAGCGUUCGGUACGGGCUCGCUGCAGACGUGCUGGACGAAGAGAAGGUAAGACUGUUGGAGCUGGCCAGGCAGAGGGCGCUGGCGGGGGCCUGGGCCAAGGAACAGCAGCGAGCUAGGGACGGAAAGGGAGGCAGUCGCCUCUGGACAGAAGGGGAGAGACAGCAGCUCCUAACGACAGGUCGAGUACAGGGCUAUGACGGCUACUACGUACUGCCUGUGGAGCAGUAUCCAGAACUGGCUGACAGCAGCAACAACAUCCAGUUUCUCAGACAGAACGAGAUGGGCAAGAGGUAACAGCCCACUGGAAUGGCGGACUCUUCCCACUCUCUCCCACUUUCACAUCUCGAGAUUUUGUCCCGGUUCCUUUUUUUUUUCCUCUUACCCUCCCUCCUCUUAAAACCCAUGGAGAUUUAACCAACAAACGGGGUUAUUCACGGAACGCUGCAGGGACUUUUAAAAAAGAAUGACUUACCAGACAACACAUUGUUAAUUUUACUGCCACAGGCAAAAAAAUAAAAAUACAAAUAAAAAAUACAGUUUAGUCAGUCAGAUUUUUUGUUCUGUUUUUUUUUUUCUUUUGAAAAAACUUUGAACAACUGAAAAAGCACUGAAGAACUUUGAGAACUGUUGCUUAAUGAGUAAAAAGAUUCCCCUUUUUAAAAAAGAUAGUGAUAUUUUUGCCCAUAUUUUUUGGGUCACACUGAGAGCGUCCAUGACAGCUACUGGUAACACGGAGGGUUUGCACUGCGGUGGCUUCUGCGAUCGAGGCUUAUCUGUCUCUAAUCGACGCUAGAGGCAAAAAAAACAAAAAAAAAAGGGACCAAAGUGGAGGCAGAUACACUCCAGAGUGCCGCCAUUAAAACUGCUCAUCAAAAGGAGGACGUCGUGCACAGCGACAGACACGGCAACGCUAAGAGUUGCCCACCACUAUGAGUCGUCUCCCUGUCUCAGGCCUCCCAUUGUCCACGUCGGACACCCAACCAAGCAACACGCGGGCUAACGGCAUCCUUGAAAAAUCCACGCUGUUAACAGACUACGAAGUAAACUUUUUAACAAAAACAAAGUCAAAAAAAUGUGAUGGCUAUAUUUGUGGACAGUGGUGUCACACGGCAUUGUUUAUUUUGAAAUGGGGAAAAGAAUCAUACUACUUACAUAUGUGUCCGACUACACUGAAUUUCAGGAUGUUGCGUAUACUGUAGAUGCCGUAGUUUUGUACGUUCCAGUCGCGGUAGAAUUGUGAGACUUUCACAUAAGGCACUUCUGUACAGAUGAUCAAACACACCGAUCACAGAGUCCAGACAACAUGCUUACGUUAGUAUUUAUUUGAUUUUCUUCUUCUUUUUUUUAAUUUAUUUAUUCUUAGUACUAUAUGACAAUCAUGAAUGAGUCACCAGUUCUAUUCAAUAUGAACAUUAAAUGGAUGAGUUUAUUUUCUUUUGUAAGAUAUGUAAGAAAUUGUUCAUUUUUGGGGUUUUUUUGUAUUCAUUUCCGUUUGCUGCCAGGGCAAAUAAUAGUCACUCUCAAAAAGAAUAAUUUAUGUAAUAAAGUGUUUUAAAAAAAAACAGUUUAUACUUUAAAUAAAGUCUUUAAAACUGUGAAAUCUGUUUUUUCGAAAUAUAUUUCGAUGUACAGUGUAUAGACUUACCUUUAUGCAGCACAGUAGAAUAUUGUUCAGAUUAUCAAGUUUUAUAUUUCUAAGAGGAAGUGGCUUGUAAUGUGCAAAAUCUUUAGCUGGUCUUACUACUCUAGAGUUUUGUGGCACUCUAAUACUCCAUAUCUACAAUAUCGACCCCCCCACCCCACCCCCAGUUUGUUGUUUUUGACUGGGUUUUUUUUUUUCUUUUUGUUCGGAAGCUGUCCUAGAUCCCAACAGCAGUAGCAGUAAUGGAUCCCUCUCACUGUGAAGAGACUCGUGCUGGAUGUCAUAAUGUACCAAAUCAGUAUUAUCAAAGGAUGAUUCUUAUACAUUCGCUGAAAACGAGACUCUUCUGAGAAACCUUAU